UAAAAGGGCGUGCCAGCCCCGCCUUUGGCGCCGCAGGAAGGACUUUAAGUAUGGUAUUCGCUAGAAAUGUUUGGAAAAAGUGAAGUCAGGUCAAAGUUUUGUGUGUUUUUAAAAGGAAAACAUUUUGUGCGGUAAUAUAAGCAGAGAAAGACCCCGAGCUGCCGCAGAUCAGACUUAUCGGGGGCAAAAAGGAGUCGAUGCGGGAGAUGAUUUUGUUGGUGAAUUAGAGCAACUCGGCUGCUGUAUAAAGAAGUAAAAAAGCGUGGGUGCCUGAGGCUGUGUGGUCUGCCUCAGGAAUGCCUUUUUGACUCGACUCUUGUUUCAUUGAAUAUCAGCUGGCGGGCUGGGCGAUGGCGCAGGAGUGCGGUCGGCAGUACGAGCGUGUCGCCGAGAUCGGCGGCGGUGCCUAUGGGACGGUGUACAAAGCACGGGACCGCCAGAGCGGCCAGUUUGUGGCUCUGAAGAGCGUGCGUGUGCAGACCAACCAGGAUGGCCUACCAUUGUCCACAGUCAGAGAAGUGGCCUUGCUCAAGCGACUGGAGCAGUUUGAACAUCCGAACGUGGUCAAGCUCAUGGAUGUGUGCGCCACCCUGCGGACAGACCAGGAGACCAAGGUAACUCUGGUGUUUGAGCAUGUGGAUCAAGAUCUCAAGACCUACCUGAGCAAGGCCCCUGCUCCAGGACUCCCCGCAGACCGGAUACGAGACCUGAUGCAUCAGUUGUUGCACGGAUUGGCGUUUCUUCACUCCAACUGCGUCCUGCACCGGGACCUGAAGCCAGAGAACAUCCUGGUGACCAGCCGAGGGCAGGUCAAGCUGGCUGAUUUUGGUCUGGCUCGCAUCUACAGCUGUCACAUGGCGCUCACCCCGGUGGUGGUCACACUGUGGUAUCGUGCCCCAGAGGUUCUGCUUCAGGCUUCCUACGCGACUCCAGUUGACAUAUGGAGUACAGGCUGCAUCUUUGCAGAGAUGUUCCGACGCAAGCCUUUGUUCUGUGGUGACUCAGAAGUGGAUCAGCUACGGAAAAUUUUCGAUGUGAUUGGCUUGCCGUCAGAGGAAGAAUGGCCGCCAGAUGUCACGCUCUCACGGUGCCUUUUCAGCCUCUGUGGUCCCUGUCCAAUCACAGAUUGCGUCCCUGAAAUCAGCCACCAGGGGGCAGAUUUGUUGAAGGAGAUGCUGACCUUUGACCCUCUACGAAGAAUCUCUGCCUUGAAUGCUCUGGAACAUCCUUAUUUUCAGGAGGGAUGAAGGGCCCACAGAGCCAAGGAAUAUUGUGACCACAACUGGACUUUUUCUGGGCAUAGGAUGAGUCUGCAGUAGGUCUGAGCAAAUAACUAAAGGCAUUGAUUGGAAAUGGAACUUUGAACAGCCAAUCCAGGCACUGGAUCCAGGGUGGGAAUAUGUGGUGGGGGGGGGGUUUGUGGUGUGACAUUGAUGCCAGUAUAUAUUUGUACCCCCAGAUUUCAGCCCAUAAUUGUUAGGUUUGCCUGCUGGUAACUAAUGGUUUAUACAGUAAAUUACAUUUUGACCAGUGCUCGGGGGGGGGGGGGGCAGUACCUUUGUCAGGACCAAAUGACCCAAAACAUACUUCUGCCAGCAGACUAUAAGCGUCACUAACUAAUAGCAUUACUUUACUGAUAGAUAGCAACAUACUGAUACAGGGACAAGACAACAGCUGGCUUUAGGAUGUUAGAGAAACAAACUCGUAUUUGGGUCAAUAAAACCUAUGGGUGUGUUAGACGGUCAUCUGUAGGGAAUAUCACUGUUUUCAUGUCACCUGUGCCUCUGCCUCGACUUCACUUCAGUUUCUGCUGCUCUAACCCUUCCAUGCUAACUUUAGACAUGCAACACAUGAGUAUUAGUACAAACUACUGUACAGUAACUGUAUUAAUAUAGUCAUGACAAAUAAACGCUGCUCUGCGAGAA